GUUGUUAUAUACAUUUUUUUGUGUGGCCUCGUCGUCGCCGUCGUCGUUUCGUUUUCGCAAAAACCAAAAAAAAAAGAAUUUUUAACAAAAUAUCAAAAGAAAAAAAUAGAACAAUAAACUUAUAAGUCUGAAAAAAGUGUAUUUCUUUUUUUAUUUUUCUACAAAAAAACCAAUCCAACAGAGAUAUCCAAGUGCAAAAAAGUCUGCUCCGCGUGUGCAUAUUUUUCUCUUCUCUUCAAAACAACAAGAAAAAAAAAAAAGUUACCGACCGACAGUAAAAAAAAAUAGAAAGAAAAAUCGUGUAUCUCCUCGAAUUCGCAAACUAAAUUUGGAAUUCAAAAGCAGAAAAAUGAUGUGAAAGCCAACCAAAAAGACUAUAAAUAAAGAAGAAGAAAAUUUUCCUUAGUUUUUUUUUUAUUUAUUUUUGUUUGUUUGAAUUUUAUUUUUUUGUUCUUUUUCUGGUUUUUAAUUUAUAUUAAGUUUGUUCCAACAAACUUUUUUUUAUUUCUUAACAAAAAAAGAAAGAAAACCAAUCGAAUCAAAGUUAUGUCAUCCACCGCUGGUAAACGUAAAGAAAUCUACAAAUAUUUGGCACCAUGGCCUCUUUACUCAAUGAACUGGAGUGUUCGUCCAGAUAAAAGAUUUCGCCUUGCACUCGGCAGUUUCAUUGAAGAAUAUAACAAUAAAGUCCAAAUAAUUAGUUUAGAUGAAGAGACAAGCGAAUUUAGUCCUAAAAGCACCUUCGAUCAUCCAUAUCCAACGACAAAAAUUAUGUGGAUACCGGAUUCGAAAGGCAUAUAUCCGGACUUGCUAGCAACUAGUGGUGAUUAUCUGCGAGUUUGGCGUGCUGGAGAACCUGACACAAGACUAGAAUGCGUACUAAACAACAACAAAAACAGUGAUUUCUGUGCACCAUUAACAUCGUUCGAUUGGAACGAAGUAGAUCCAAAUCUCGUUGGCACAUCAUCAAUCGACACAACUUGCACAAUAUGGGGACUAGAAACCGGACAACCUCAUGGACGAGUCUAUGUCGCUGGACAUGUCAAAACACAACUUAUUGCUCACGACAAAGAAGUGUACGAUAUUGCAUUUUCAAGAGCGGGUGGCGGCCGCGAUAUGUUCGCUUCAGUUGGUGCUGAUGGCUCAGUGCGUAUGUUCGACUUAAGACACUUGGAACACUCAACUAUUAUAUAUGAGGAUCCAGCUCAUACGGCUUUACUUAGAUUAGCCUGGAAUAAACAGGAUCCAAAUUAUUUAGCAACUGUAGCGAUGGAUUCGUGUGAAGUUAUUAUUUUAGAUGUUCGUGUUCCUUGUACACCUGUUGCAAGACUGAGCAAUCAUAGAGCGUGCGUAAACGGUAUAGCGUGGGCGCCGCACAGUUCCUGUCACAUAUGCACUGCCGGUGAUGAUCACCAAGCACUGAUUUGGGAUAUUCAGCAAAUGCCACGUGCAAUUGAGGAUCCAAUUUUAGCAUACACUGCAGCUGAGGGAGAAGUUAAUCAAAUCCAAUGGGGUGCAACACAACCCGAUUGGAUUGCUAUAUGUUACAACAAAGCGUGUGAAAUAUUACGCGUAUAAAACCAUUUUAUAAACAAAACAAAAAACAACAAUACAUACGCGCAUAUAAAACAUCCCAUACAAAAAAAAAACGUUCUUUUUCCCUUCUCCUCUUUCACCAUCACAAUGCACAUAAAACACUCAUGAAAGCAUCUUUGAUUUGUAAUUUAUUCAUCCCUUAUAAGUUUAAAUUUUAUUUUUAGUUUAUGAAAAGAAUUAUAAAAAAAAAGAAGUAAUUAUUAUGACAAUGACUGUGUACAUCAAAACAAAAAAAAACAAAAAAAAAACACCAUCGAGAAUGAGAGUAUAAUUAUUUUAAUUUUACGUUUAAGUAUAAAUAUGCAACUUUUUUUAGAGUUGAAUCUGUUAUUUUUCUUUCUUCUUGAUGGGAUGUAGAAGAAAGUGGUAAUAUAAUAAUUUUUAAUUUAACAACAUUAAUUUUAAGUAU